AAUCAUAUAUUGGCACAACAUUAUAUUGGUCAUUGUUAUUUAUAUGGAAUUGGAACUAUGAAAAAUGAUAAAUUAGCUUUUGAAUAUUAUGAAAAAGUGGCUAUUAAAAAUUUAGCAUACGGCCAAUUGAAUCUUGGUUGUUGCUAUAAAAAGGGAAUAGGUAUUAAAAAAGAUUUUAAAAAGGCUUUUUAUUUGUAUGAAAAGGCUGCAGAUAAAGGAAAUGUAAUAGCAAUAUAUAAUCUUGGUAAUUGUUAUGUAGUUGGGGCUGGUGUUAAUAAAGAUUAUAAUAAAGCUUUGGAAUUAUAUCAAAAUGCUGCAAAUUUAGGACAUAAUAAAGCGCAAUAUUGUCUUGCUUUAAUGUAUGAAAAAGGAAAUGGAAUUGCAAAAGAUAUAGAUAAAGCAAUAUAUUGGUAUGAAAAAUCUGCCAAACAAGGGAAUGACACCUCACAAUAUUUUGUUGGUCAUUGUUAUAGAUAUGGAAAUGGAAUCAUGAAAAAUGAAAAAUUAGCUUUUAAAUAUUAUGAAAAAUCAGCAAAUAAAAAUUUUUCAUCUGGACAAGUAAGUAUUGGAUAUUUUUAUGAAAAAGGAAUAGUUAGUGUUAAAAAAGAUUUUAAAAAGGCUGUUUAUUGGUAUGAAAAGGCAGCAAAUAAUGGAAACUUAAUGGCAAUAUAUAAUCUUGGUAAUUGUUAUAGAAAUGGAAUUGGUAUUGAAAAAGAUUAUAAUAAAUCAUUUGAAUUGUAUAAACAAUCAGCUGAAGGAGGAUAUUCAAGUGGAAUAAUGAUGUUAGGAUAUUGUUAUAAUAAUGGUAUUGGAACUAAAACUGAUAAGCAAAAAGCAUUUAAAUUAUAUCAAAAUGCUGCAAAUUUAGGACAUGAUAUAGCACAAAAUAAUCUUGCUUUAAUGUAUGAAACAGGAGAUGGAAUUUCAAAAGAUAUAGAUAAAGCGAUAUAUUGGUAUGAAAAAUCUGCUAAUCAAGGAAAUGGGUUAGCAAUGAAUAAUUUA